GAGCGUAUUUGCGGAGUUACCGCUCAAUUGGCGCGCCCUGAACGCAACAGCGAUGAUCUUGUUCCUGAUUGGCUGCAUUCAUGACUUAAUUGGCCCCGCCCACUGCCAAAAACAAACAACAAAAAAACACCUGACACAGGUGCUUGUUCACGUCCAAUUUCGUCCACGAUGCCUCCGGCGGCCCCCAAGCCCGCGGACACUUUCUACGAGCCCCUGACGGAGGACGUGGAAGAUCUCCUCGGCCGCUUCCAGCAGAAAGACUCCAUCCGCUUCGACGUCUUCUCGGCCCUUUGGAGAGACAUGCGCUUCUCCGACCUCUUCCGCGGCGUCCCCGGCAUGAGCGACACGCGGCGGUUCAGCAAGGCGGCCAUGGCCACGGCUGCCAAGUACUCCCUGCCCCCUUACUGCCUUAACGUCCGGGUGGGGGGUCUCUACUUGAUGUACGCCUUCUACCACACGCAGCUCGCCGACCCGCCCGUGUUGAUCCGCCUGGCCCUCGGGGAUUGGGAACACAUGCGGACUUUCCUGCAGAAGUUGGCGGUCUGCGGUCACCUGGACGUGGUCUACGUCUUCCGGUCCCUGGUCUCCUCCAAGGCCUUCCACUACACCGCCAUGCCGAUCUUGCUCACCUUCCAGAGGCCCAAGCGGCAGAGCAAGACAGCGUGCCGGGAGAUGCUGGCGAGGACCACCGCGGUGAUGGAGCUCCUCGCCGACGACUCCCUGGCGGAGGUCACCAACGUCCAGACGGUCUACGAGAAGAUGAAGCAGGACGUGGAGGAGGUCCGCCUCCAGACCGCCAUGACGCACCCGCAGUUCGCCGCGCGCUUGAAUGGAAUUUUGAGCGACUUCAUCGCGUGGCAGCAGAACACUUUCCACCCGGGAAAAGACGACCAGCCCGCCUGUGAUGACGACGAAAGCCGCAGCAGAGCGCGUUUAAUGUCGGCCAUCAAGACGAAGAGCUACGGACGCAAAGAAGGUGGACCCAAGUCCGAGAGGCAGUCCCGGGACGUAAACGCGGUGGACUGGUCCAGCUCAGAACCAGAGCAGGGGCAAGACCGCGCCGACACCCGCCGGGUCAAGCCGCUCUCGCUGCGGGCCAGGACGUGGAAGAGUCUCGGGAAGAACACGGAGAAGUCCGAGCUGGCGCCGUGGCUGCUGAGCGCACCUGACCACGAGGGGGUGCCAUUGAGGCGGAAGUGGCAUGGACGCUCCAAUCAAUAACUGCUCACGUUUCAAAACAUUAUUGUGCACUUUAUUUCAUUAUUCAACAGAAUCGAUGUGCGCGUUCGUUUAGUUUCUCAUAUUGUUGCAAAAUUAUUUGUGAAUUAAUAAAUG